AUGUUAACUCGUGUAUCAUCCAACGGAAUAGUAAUUAUACUCCUGUAUGUAGAUGACAUGGUCAUUACAGAAAGUGAUCUUGAAGGAAUUGAUAAUCUCAAAAGAUAUCUCAGUUCUUGUUUUCAGAUGAAAGAUCUUGGCUUCUUAAGAAGUCUCAACUACUUGACUAUUACUAGGCCUGAUAUUAGUCAUGCAGUACAUAUAGUAAGCCAAUUCAUGUCAGCUCCUCGUUCAACUCAUUUUGCUGCUGUUCUUCGAAUUCUACGUUACUUAAAAGGAACUUUAUAUCAAGGUCUUCAGUUUUCAUCUAAGUUUGAUUUCACUCUAAGAGCUUACUCAUAUUCUGACUGGGCAGGAGAUGUCACUAACAGGCGAUCAAUUACUGGAUAUUGUAUGUUUUUAGGAGAUUCUUUCAUAUCUUGGAGAAGUAAGAAACAAACUAUCGUUUCUCGUUCUAGUGCUGAAGAAUAA